GUGUCUAAUCGGUAUUUAACUUAGAAGUCAUGGCCAACAAAAAGACUCAAGCUAAGAAGACCAAUCUUCCUCCAAUCCUUCCCAAGCCACCUUCAUUAGUUGAAGAACACGAUUCGCUCUAUUGGUUAGAAGGCACACAGUCCCUACAAAUAACCAUCGCAUACAACGAAGACAAAACACAGGAAGAGACUGCUGCUUAUAUGGCUACCAUGAUUGACCGUGUAGGUGAAUAUGGUCCAUGGGCGGUUAAAAUUGAUCUUCUCAUUCACCCACGAAUUAUUCGCCGCUGGGAAAGUCUCAGCAUCUACACCCAGCAUGUUUCUGAGAUGAUGGCUUUGGUCGAAACAAUCAACAACUCCUUCACCAAUCUUACUCAUAUCAAUGUUCGACUCGAGAUAGACUUUUCCAACUUCCAGCAAAUUAAAUUAGCGGCUUGCUUCUUAGCUUUUAAGGCACAUUGGAGUUUGAGCUAUUACAUUGAAGACAAUCCUAUUCUCUUUGAAAUUAGCACGCAAGGCUAUCUUAUGAGACGCCUUCGUGGUGUCUACCAUAGAGAUUGCAAGUCAUAGAUAGUCACUGUCA